AUGCAUCUCUGGCGUCUCUUCUAUCUCUCUCCAUUGCAGCAGCCGUGAAGCUCCUACCCGAAGAAACACACGCCGUGAGGUAUCAAUGGUGCCUAAUGAAUGUGGUGAUUUUUUCUUCAACAUUAGCGAAUUUUUGUUACCAUCUCUGGUUUUUUAUGCAAGUUCUCUCCCAUUUCUUUUCUCUGCAGUUCUUGGAAGCUUCCUUUCAGCAUUGAACAAAUUUAUUGCUGACUGCUAUGCUUCGAAACACUUGGUUUCAGAGUAUUAUGUAUACGAGUUCUUCAGGAUAUGGAAGUGUUCUCGCACAGAAGCUAAUAUCCGUGUUCACGAGUUCUUUAAGACAGCUUAUUUCAAGAAAGGAAUUCAUCCCAUUCCAGGGGCUCACCAGGCUCUUCUUAGAUUGUCUACAUUUUGCAAUCUGUCGGUUGUCACAUCUCGCCAGAAUGCUAUCAAAGACCACACAAUUGAAUGGAUCAAGAAGCAUUAUCCAGGACUGUUUCAGGAAAUCCACUUUGGUAAUCACUUUGCUUUGGAUGGGCAAUCAAGAUCCAAAUCAAAGAUUUGCAGGUCCUUGGGAGCAAAAGUCUUGAUCGACGACAACCCUAGAUAUGCAGUUGAAUGCGCAGAAGUCGGCAUCAAAGUUCUACUCUUUGACUACGACAACUCGUACCUUUGGUGCAAGACUGGCUCUAAGACCACACACCCUCUGAUAACCAAAGUCCAUAACUGGGAAGAAGUAGAACAGCACCUGGUCUCAUGGAUAAUAUCAUAGAUCUCACCCACAUUAGGGUUUCUUAAACUGCCUAGGUUAUCCACCACUAGUUGAUUCUACUUUGUCUAUGGAAGAGAUGCCGAAUUCCUUGAGGAGAAAAGAUAUCGACGGUGAUUAUAGAGCUUUUAUCCUCCCUAACUCUCCCACGAACAUCCAUUCAAGACUCACCCAAGAUGCUAUUGAGAUUUAGGAUUUUAGAGGUACGAUACAUACACAUCUUCGUCGUUUAUUUCUUUCUUUCAAACUUUU